AGUCAAAAAUCAUAAAAUUAAAAGAAGAAGGAAAAGCCCAGUAGAUUCCAAGAUGGUAAAUAUUUUUGGCAAUACAAGAUUUGAUGCUGAAAAAAUCUAGUCAAAAAUCAUAAAAUUAAGAGAAGAAGGAAAAGCCCAGUAGAUUCCAAGAUGGUUAAUAUUUUUGGCAAUACAAGAUUUUAUGUUGAAAAAAUCUAAUCAGAAAUCAUAAAAUUAAAAGAAGAAGGAACAGCCCAGUAGAUUCCAAAAUGGUUGCCCCCGAUCCUGCCAUGACGGAGAUCAGCCUCGAGGCCGUGACGAUGUCUCAGCUGCAGAAGACUGCACCUUCAGAACAUGGGUCACCUCGCGAGAACUUAGGUCAUCGUUGUAUACAUCAAGAUGGGUGCUCAAAUUGCCACACACACGAAGUAUCAAGUCACGUUAACUCAAACUCCAACAUGAAUGUUCUCGGCAAGAUCUUCGUCCGCAUUUUUCCUGGCUCAAGAUGCGUCCAAAAUAAUAACCCAAUAUUUGUUGAAACGGUUGGCUCGAUACUCUCAAAAUUGUUCAGUAAAUUAGGCGGAGCCGUCGCUGAUUUUCCGCUAUAUUUUCUGUUCAUUCCUCUGCUGCUAACCAUCAUCCUUGCAACAGGAUUUUCUAAACUUGAUAUAAAUAAAGAUCCCGAAUUUAUGUUCUCGCCCACAAAUGGACGAGCCAGAAAAGAAAGAGCGUUAUUUGAACAUUAUUUUCCAGUGGACUUUUCAAAAGAUUUCACACCCGAUAGAAGAAUUCGAAAUGAUCGUUAUAUCCAAUUGUGUAUUACAGCUAAAUAUGGAAAUAAUCUGAUCAACGACGCACUCUGGAAUGAAAUAAUAAAUUUAGACCGGCUUGUGCGGACAUUCGAGUUCUAUGACAAAAACAUGUCACUCACAUACGCAGAUGUAUGCGCAAAAAACGGAGGAAAAUGUGUCGGCAACAAUUUUCUGGACUUUGGUGAUCGAAUGAAAGAAAUUGAAGCAAAGAAGUUCAAUUUGACGUUUCCGAUGAUGUUAAAUCCCAAGAGUUUCGAGAAUUACGUGUUUCCAACGUUCUUAGCAGGCGUUAAGCUUUACCCUGGCAAUGUCAUCAAGUCGGCCGAAGCGAUGCUUCUUAAUUAUUGGGGCGACUCUUCGACGCCUGAGAAAGAUCGCUUAGGCGGUUUGUGGGAGAAACAAUUUCUCAAAUACUACUUGCAAGGAUUGAACUCCACUAACUUGAAAGUCGCGCUCCAUUAUUCGAGGACUGUCGAGGACGAGCUGGAGGAAAAUACGCUCUCGGUUGUGCCUUAUUUCACAGGAACAAUUGUCUUGAUGUUUCUAGUAACAUUAGUGUCGAUCAGCAUGGGUGACUGUGUCAGAAGCAAGACUUGGUUGGGUUUAGCUGGGAUGAUCAGUUCUACCUUAGCCAGCGCAACGUCUUUUGGCUUACUGUUGUAUUGCGGUGUACCUUUCAUCGGGAUAAAUCUUUCUGCUCCGUUUCUUAUGCUAGGUAUCGGGAUGGACGACACUUUCGUUUUGGCCGCCGCAUGGCAAAGUACGAAGUUCCAAGAUUCAGUAAAAGAAAGAAUGUCAAAAACUUACGCUGAUGCUGCUGUCUCGAUUACAAUAACGUCUCUCACCAGCGCAAUAUCAUUCUUCAUCGGUACCUUGACUCCAUUUGCCUCCGUUCAAGUGUUUUGCCUCUAUUUAGGUACGUCUGUGAUGGUCACGUACGUCUGGCACAUUACCUUCUUCGGAGCGUGUUUGGCGCUGAGCGGCUACGCUGAGAAGAAACAAAUGCACAGCAUCGUCUGCUUGAAGGUCAUGGCAAUUUCUCAAUCUCAAGGAAAAUCUCGACUGUACAGAUGGUUCUGCGCGGGAGGAGUCGCACCAGACAACCUCGACAACCCUGCGGACAAUAAACAACACUCCGUCAUGAUCUUAUUUCGGGACUACGUGGCCAAUUGUCUAAAUAUGGCCUACGUCAAAGGUGUUGUUGUGAUGGUGUUUGCGGUGUACAUAAGCUUUGCAGUCUACGGGUGCACCGUUAUUGGUGACGGUAUGGAGAUGCGUAAAAUGGUUCGCUACGACUCCUACUCCCUGAACUUCUUUAACUUCGUGGAUAAGUAUUUCAGCAGCUUCGGAUAUCGACCUAUGAUAAUGUUCACUGGUAACAUCACAUACAGCGACCCAAGUACCGAGGCGGCUAUUCUCGAUUUCAUUGAAAAAGUUGAGAGCCUUCCUUCCAUUGGUGAUCCUUUGUAUACGGACUGCUGGGUCCGGCAAUGGUCCCGGUUCAUGGCCAAGAAUGGAAAAUAUCAAGGAUUGAACAAUUCUAAUGAAGAAACAUACAUCCGUAAUCUCAAAGAGAAUUUUUUGGGAGGCGAGACACACAGUUUCCGGACCGACAUCGUCUUCAAUGAAGACAACACCCGCAUCGUAGCGUCGCGGUGCAUCGUACAAGCGGUCAACGUCAUGAACGCCGUCCGUGACCGCAGACUUUUGGAGGAUCUUCGUCAAUUGGCAGACGAGUCUCCCUUCAACGUUACUAUCUUCAAUUCCAUGUUCAUCUUCUUCGACCACCUCUCAAUGGUCCGGUCUACAAGCCUGGCGACGGUCGGUCUGUCUGCUGCUGUCAUGGUGGUCAUAGCUUUAAUCUUCAUCCCGAACGCCAUAUGCGCUCUGUGGGUCGGACUCGCGAUCGUUUCCAUUGAAACAGGAGUUGUCGGCUACAUGGGCUUAUGGGGAGUCAACUUCGACGUUUUAUCCAUGAUCCAACUGAUCAUGUGCGUCGGCUUCAGCGUCGACUUUACAGCCCAUAUCAGUUACGCUUAUCUCGCCGCUAAAGCUGACACUCCAGAGGGACGUAUGAGAGAAUGUCUGUACUUACUUGGGUUACCUGUAAUGCAAGGAGCUUUGUCAACCCUCAUUGGGGUAUUGGCUCUGAUUUUGGUCCCAUCGUACAUUUUUAUAACGUUUUUCAAAACUGUAUUUCUUGUGAUUUUUUUCGGAGCCGUGCAUGGGCUGUUUUUCGUGCCAGUUUUUUUGUCCCUCUUUGGUCCUGGAUCGACUUUUGAAAAGAAACUGUUCAAAAAAUCGUAAACCGAUUGGCCCGACUUAGUACGUUCUGUUUCAAAGUUAAAAAUAAGUACAUAGCCUAUAUAAGCAAAUUGUUAAGAUGAGUAAUUUGUUUAUUAGUCCUUUUAGUGUACGGGCAAAAUAUAUUAUAUAUAUAUUCGGGAUAUAUGUCCGAUAUAUAUCCGAAAAAGUACAUGGUGGUAUAGUAUCGUUGCUUAAGAAAUUAUUCUAAAAUUAUUGCAAGAAGCACGACAAAUUACCUACCAUCAAGAAAUAGUUGUUGCGUACGCCUUACACUGGAAAAUGAUGUUGAUAGAAUGGUGCAUAUAAUUAAUAAAAGCAUUUAAUUUAAAA